AUGAUAUUAAUUUCAGGUAUUCUUCAUCAAUUUAAACUAAUGUCUCUAAUCGAAAUAAAAUUAAAUAGAAAAGAAGUUGAAAGAAGUCGUCUUUCUCUUAUUAUACAUGAUGUAAAUAUGGAAAUUCAAGAGAAAGAUAUUGAGAAAAUUCUUAAGAAUAAAAUAGGAAUUCCACUGCCUGAAAUCAAAUUCGGUAAACCUUAUCAACUAAAUGGUCAAAAACGAAAAAACGUUUUUCUAAAUUUUAAAGAAGAAAAAAGAAUUAAUGAAUUAAUGAAGAAUCCAAUCAUUAAAUAUAAUAAUCAAGAAUAUCAAAUAUCACGACAUAAUCCAAAAGAAAUUUCUUUAUCUGGUCAAAUGACUUGUUAUUUAUUAAUCAAAAUAUCUAAAAUAGAAGACGAAAAUGGAUUUAGAAAAAUACUUACUGAAUAUGAUUUAAAUGAAUAUUUUCGAAAAUUUGGUAAAAUAAUUUCUUAUCAAAAAGAAAAUGAUAAUGAAAUAAUUCUUCAAUUCGAACAUUAUGAUAUUGUUGAUCAAAUUAUUCUAAGUGAUAUAUCACAUACAAUCAAUGGAAUAAAUAUUCAGAUUGAAAAAACUCGAUCUAUUGAAAAGGUUAAUAAGGAUGAUAUUAAUCAAUGUCCGUAUUGUAUUCAUGUAACUAAUAUGCCGAGUGAUAUAACAAGUGAAGAAUUAUCUUUAUUAUUUGAUGUUCAUGUUGCCGAUAUUAUUUUACAACCAGAAUAUUCACUUAAUGAACAUCUAGUGAAAGAUGAUCAAUUAAAUAGUCAAGCAUGGAUUAAAAAUAUCGGUAAAGAACAAACGAUAAGAGAUUUAGCCAUAAAAAAACCACAAAUAAAUUUACGUGGAUUUCAAAUUCAUUGUAAUGUUAUCAACAAACCAAUCUAUCCAUUUGAAUUAUGUAGAAAUUUUGAAUUAGGAAAAUGUGAAUUUUCUUCACAGCUAUGUUAUUAUAAACAUAUUAUUUGUAAUCAACCAAAUACAUGUGAUAAUAAUCAAUGUCAUUAUGGUCAUAGUAAAAAGAGGCAAAUUAUAUCGAACAAACAAAACAUAGAAUAUUGUGAAAAAGAUCUUUAUCGUGUAAGAAUUAGUAAUCUUCCAUCAAAUACAAGCAAAGAAGAAUUACAAAAACGAUUAAAUAUAUCAGAAAAACAGUUUUCACAUCUUAUUUUAUCUAAAGAUGAAAAUCAAAAUGCAUCAUCAUCAUCAUCAAUGGUUGCAUAUUUUAUCUGUCAACGAUCAGAAUACUAUAUUCGAAAAAAAAUUCGAGAAUGGCAUAAUAGUUCAUAUUCUAAAUCUAUAUCCAAUAAAAUAAAAUGUCAAUUAGAGAUCAAUGUCGAUUUUCAUGAUUGGAAGGAUAAAAAUCAAAGUUCAUCAUCAUCAAUUCGAAUGAUAAAUGAUAAUAAUCAAUUAACAAUACCUAAAUAUGCACCUUGGUAUCGACGAGAAAAAGAAUUCCAAAUUGAACAAUCCAAUAAUAAUAAAGAUUCGAAAAAGAAAAAUUUAGUAAAAAAUAAUUUUGAAAUUCCAGUUGAUCUGAGUGAAGUUACCUCUCAAUGGAAUUGGACGAAUAAAAUUCUCUCAGAUGAUCCAACAGGUACAGGCACAAUAUAUUCUCUUGUUAAUAAAAAAAAUUCUGAUAUUAAACGAGUUAUUAAAAUCUAUAAGAAUAACAACAAUAAAUUACUAAAUCAACAAUGUUUACAACAUCUAGAAAUCAUCUUAGACAAGAUUAAAAACAUGAAUGGAGUACCGAAAUUUGUCAAAAGUAAUAUAAAUAACAAAUCAAAUGAUCCUUGGAUUAUAAUGGAAAAUAUUGAAGGUAUUACACUACAUGAUUUUAUCAAAAUAACAAGAGUAGAUUUACAAGAUGCAUUAAUAAUUACUUUAAAACUUCUCAAUAUAGUCAAAGAAAUCCAUCAUCGAAAUAUUGUUCAUUGUAAUAUUAAUCCUCAUAAUAUUAUCAUUAAGUUUUCAUCAAUUAAAGAAAAUAAUCAAAGAGAAUAUUCAUUUGAUAAUGCAGAUUUAAUAUUAAUUGAUUUUGAUAUAGCUUAUUGUGAUGUUCAAAAAGCUAAUGAACAUAAACAACAUUUAAAUGAUUUUAUUAAUUGUAAAAAUAUCCAACCAAAUCAGAUAUUCUAUCGUGUUUCUCAAAUCGAAAGAGAUAAUACCGAUAAAAAUGAACAAAAUAAUUUAUCUUAUAUUCGAACCUUUGAUAUAAGUCAUAUAUGUGCUAUUCUUUUCUGGUUAAUUACAAAAUCUUAUCCAGGAACAUCAAAAGAUAUUAAUGAAAAACAACCACACAAAUUAAAAGAUAAUAUUAAAAUUAUUGAAGAAGAAUUGAAAAAAGCAACAGGAAUAUGGACAGGAACAGAAAAAUGUGCUCCAUUAGAAAGACAUCUUGAUUUAAUAUUUAAUUGUGGAUUUUCAGAUUCUAAACAACAAUGGAAUAUUGAAGAACUUGAAUAUCAACUUCUAUUUAUGCUUCAAUUAACAAAGAAAAAUAAUGAAGAAGACAAGUCCUAUUUAACAUCAUCAAUAAACAACCAAACAGAAUUAUUAAUAUAUACUUCAAAAAAUGAUUCUUUUCCUCAAUUAGUAUUCUUAAUUGAUUGGCUUAAACAAGAAUUUGAAAAACAUUCUGAAAAUCUUCAUUGGUCACCAAAUAAUAAACAAAGUCAAUGGUCAGGAAACAAUCGAUAUAUUGAAAAUUAUGAUAUACUUCAUUUUCAAAAAGAACAAUUUAAAAUUUCUUUUGAAAUAAAAUGGAAUGUAACAAUCAAUAACAAUAAUGAACUUCAUAUGAUCAUCAAAGCUAAGAUAAAUCAAACAAUUGUUAUUCAAUUACCAUUAGGCAUUUGGCAACAAUAUCACAAAGAUAAUAUUAAACAAGAUUUACUUAAAAAUGUUCAAAUUGAAAUAGAAAAUUUAGUUGAUUUAUUAUAUUAUAAGGAAAAAAACACCUAA